AUGGCGGGUGAAGGAGAGUACAGCUUCAGUCUUACCACUUUCUCCCCACAGGGAGCGCCGGCUCUGGGCAUCAAAGCCAAGAACGGCGUCGUCAUUGCCGCGGAGAAGAAACUCAGCACCCCUCUCAUCGAAGAGUCCUCCGUCAGAAAAGUUGAGCAUUUCACGCCCAACAUCGGCUGCGUCUGUGCGGGGAUGCCCGCGGAUUACAGAGUAGUCAUGAAGAAGGGUCGAAAGGAGGCAGCGGCUUACAACCUCUUUUACAAAACUCCGAUCUCCGUUAGCCAGCUCGUGCAAGACGUUGCAGCUGUCAUGCAGGAGUACACGCAGUCGGGAGGUGUCCGCCCUUUUGGACUUUCUCUUCUCGUUGCGGGAUACGAUGAGUACGGUCCUCAGCUGUACCAGGUGGAUCCCAGCGGUGCCUAUUUUGGAUGGAAAGCUUCAGCGAUCGGCCGCGAUAUGCAAAAUGCCAAGACCUUUCUUGAGAAGCGAUACAACCCGGAUAUCGAACUGGAGGACGCCAUUCAUACUGCAAUCUUGACUUUGAAAGAAGGCUUCGAAGGAGCGAUGAACGAACACAACAUCGAAAUAGGAGUCGUUGGUGAAGACCGGAAAUUCCGCAUUCUGACACCUGCGGAAAUCAAGGACUACCUGGGGCCCGCGUGCGCUAACCUGCAGUUGAUUUUCAAGGCCAUCCUUCCUAAACACCAGUGCGACCAAACUAGGACUGCUGAAGGAAUGCCCUUAAGUCGUCAUGCCAUUGCACCGCCUCCUGCAGGAGGCCGCUCUUUCUGA